GGCCCGCUUCUCGAGGGAGGAUUUUUCAUUGGUUUCUCUUCUCUUUCCUUGCAGUAGCCAUGCUGCUUCUCUGGGAGUUUACACCUCUCAUUCUGUAGUUUUGGGAGUUGUUUUGUCUGGAUUAUAACUGUGGAUCAUUCUGUGGUGAAGGGAAGCCAUGCAGAUGUGCAGUGGGACACCUCGCUAUAGGCAUCUCCGGAGAAACAUGGCAAUGUUUCGGGACCAUUUUCCUAAGCUCAGCCGCGCCCUUCUUCUCCUCAUCUGAGCUCAUCCUUCCUCCAGUCUGAGCACAGAACCAAUCAUCAACAUCAAGAAAACCCAAAAUGUCCCACAAACAUCACUUCCAGUGCUUUGAUGCUGUAGGGGGCGAAGGCUCCCACAGGUCUUCUCUUCCUUUCAAGCAUCACAGCACCCGACUUCCCAGGAUCCCCCAACAUGGCAUGGUGACCCAUCACGAACCCGUAGCUGAAUGCUACCUAUGCUCUGAAUGUACACACGCCCAUGCCCUAGAAGCAGUGGAUACUCAGUUGUCACCUUUCUAUCACACUCACCCAUUAUGUCACCACCAUCAUCCACACCACUAUGUUCUCAGGGGGCCGAGCAGGCCUGAAGAAACACCCCUGGGCCAUGAACACCAUAUUCAUCAUCAGCGAUACAAUAAGAAGGUGGUGCUGAUGAAGAACAGUGACCCCUCAUUCAGAAAGACCAUCAUUUUGCACCGCAGGGGUCUACGCAGUUUUGGGCUUUUCUUAGAGGAAGUUUCCGAGCUCAUGCAGUACCACGUAAAGAAGUUGUACACAGUGGGUGGGCACAAGAUCGACAGUGUUCAGAGUCUUCUGCAGUGCCCCAGCGUACUCGUCUGUAUGGGACGGGAACCUUCUCACCCAUCGAUUGUGGAGAACUUUCAGAAAGCAUCUGAUGACAAACUCCCAAAGCUGAGCGUGAGGUCACGCUCCAGUGGCUGCGCUGACGGACAGGACAGACUUCCUGCAAAGAAAAGUGUCAUCCAUCCAAACCUGGAAUCUAGGAACAAAGCUACCAGGCAGUCAGUGUCAUCUGACAAGUCAGAACCAGAUGGAUAUGACUCUCCAGAUAAUGUCACCUCUUGCCCACCCACUAAUGAUGGGGCGAGGGAAGAUGAUAUAGAGAAACGUGUUCAUGUUAAUAAAGAUGGCAGUUUGUCUAUGGAGAUGAAUGUGCGCUUUAGACUGCAAAAUGACGAAACAUUACAUUGGUCCACAGAAGUAAGAAAGACCACAGGCAGGACCUGUGAGUACCUCCAAGGAAACACUAACCCAUAUUUUGCAAAUUAUCUUGAAUCUGAAAAAAUCUCUGCUGUUCAGCCAGAUGAACAUUUCUUCAGUCAGCAGUAUCAGAGACAUGGAGAAGAACCUUACUGCCCUCAUUGUUGCAGUCAAGACCAGAAUUAUGAAUUCUGGAAAAAUGUACCAGGAACACAUGGGGCAAGUCAGUGCAUUCAAACUUCCAGCUCAAGUGCAUCUUCACAUACAGUGGUCUCUAGAAAGACAGUAGUGUCUAGAUCAAGCGAAGAGCUUACUGAACAAGUGGUGGAGAGAGAGACUCGUGUAAAGCAGACUAUCGAGGCAGCUGAAACUGUAGAGUACUGCACCAUCAGGAGUGAGACUUGCUCACCAAAGUGCAGUGUGCAAUCUUCCACUUUAGACAACAACAAUUUGUAUAACUGCAUAAAUGAGAAAUCGGAGCAAGAAGAACAAACAAGAUCUGCUACUAGUGCUUCUCAAAUAACAACAAACAAUGAGGAGAAUCAAAAUGAUGAGGAUGCUGAUAAUCCAUCAAGUGCUUUAAGAGCAUCUUCUCAGAACAGCAAACCUGAAACGGCAGAGACCCCUGAAGGUGGAGUUUUGAAUACUGUGUCACAAAAUCCACCCGAGAGUCCUCAAGAUACAGCAUCCAAUGCUUCAGGACAAUCUAGUACAUCAAAAAAAUCAAAACCCUCACACAUUUGUCAUUGUGAAGUAUCUGAGGAAAAUACAAAAGAACAAAUUAACAUUCAAGCUGAAGAAGAAGGUGAAAUAGAAAGAGACUGUUCAAGUGCCAUGUCUUUAAAAUCAAAUGCCUCUUGCGGAUCACAUACAUCUGGCAAAAUACAGGACACCGAGACAAAGGAUGAAGAGGAGAAAAGGUCUAAAAGUGCCAUGUCACUCCAUUCAAAUGCCUCAACAACAUCCAAAUCUGAUGCUUUGGAUGUUGUAGCUGGAGGAUCCCAAGCAUGUGAUGACAAAGAAAUGCAAGAAAGACCAUUGAGCAGCAUAUCUGUUAAAUCCUCUAAAUCUGAAAAAUCUGUGAAGUCAGAAGCAGCACCUAAAGAGCAUAAAUCAGGGGAAGAUGUUGAAGAAGAAAAAGUGUUAAGUCCCAUCUCAUCAAAGUCAAAGACGUCUAUUAAAUCCAAAGGAUCAAGGGGAUCUUCUCUCCCAGGUGAAAAAGAAGCAGAGGAGGAAACUCAGCAGAGGGCCAGUGUGCCCUCAGACGACUCUAUAGAGUCAUCUGAGGCAUCUGCAGAGGAAAGCUUUCAAAACUCAGCUGAGAAUGAAAUUGAACUAAGAACACAAAGCACGAUGUCCGGGAAGUCAAACACUUCAGCAAAGUCUAAAAAGUCAGAAACUUCUGAAGGUCUGCCUAGAGAAAAUGAAGAAGAAAUAUCUGAAGUAACUGAAGAUUCUCCUCGUGUCAUGUCACCCAAAUCAGAAAGUUCAAUGUUGUCUGAUCUUCAAACCGAAAAUAAAGAAGAUGAAAGAACACCAAGCGUAAUGUCAGCUAGGUCUGUCAAGUCAAAUGAGUCUGCAACAUCUAGAAAGUCAAAAGCCACAGAAGAAACAAGGGAGGCAACAAGUGCCAUGUCAACUAACUCUAAUUCAUCUGCAAGGUCUAAAGGAUCCAAGAGGCCUGAUCCCCAUGCUACUGAAUGUGCUGACACUUCAGAUGAUGUAAAUACUCAAGAGCAAAGUGGAGAAAGACCACAAAGCAUAAUGUCAGUCAAAUCAGCAAAGUCUGUGAAGUCCAAUAUUUCUGCAAAAUCUAGCAAAUCAGAACAUGCAGAACAUCGAGAGGAGAGGGGACCUAGUUCGCUGUCAGUAAAAUCAGCACGGUCAAAUGUGUCAGCCAAAUCAACAGGGUCAAAAACUUCAGCCAAAUCUAAUAUGUCAAUGCCCACUGAUGUUGAAGCAGAAGAAAAUGAUGAAGGUAAUGAUGAAGAUGGAGAAAGACCUCCAAGCAGUAUAUCAACUGCAUCUGCUAAAUCUUUAAAAUCAAAUGCUUCCGCUUCAACUAUGAAAUCUGCAGUUCCAUCUGAAACCUAUGGUGAUGCUACUGGAGAAAUUAAUAUGGAAGGGGAGACUGAAGGACGAUCAGUGAGCUCAUUGUCAGUUAAGUCAGAUAUUUCUGCAAAAUCAAAUAACUCAAAAUCUCCUGUUUGUGUUCCAGCUGAAGAAGGUACUGAGACACUCGAAGAAACAAACAGUGAAGAGGAAACUGAACAAAGACCACCAAGCAGCUUAUCGGCCAAAUCAUUUCAGUCACAUGUUUCUGAAAUAUCUGCAAAGAGAGCACCAAGUGCAUUGUCUGCUAAAUCAGCAAAGUCCCAUGCUUCAAAAACAUCUAACAAAACAAAUACUUCUGACAUUUGCUCUUGCAAAGCUACUGAUAUUUCCAAUGAAAGAUACGGUGAAGAGGAGACUCAAGAGAGAGCACAGAGUGAAAUAUCAGACAGAUCUGCAAAAUCAACUAAUUCUGCGAAAUUUCCUAAGUCAAAAGAUCAUUCUGCAGAGGAAAAUAUAUCUAAUCAUAAGGAACCCACAGAGAGAGCUCCAAGCAAUUUAUCGGUCAGAUCUGGAAAAUCAGCAAAGUCAAAUGCUUCUGCAGCAUCUAAAAGAUCAAAUGUUUCUGAAGUUUGCUUGGAAGCCUGUGUUGAUGAUCCUGAGGAAAGAAUUGUUGAAGGUGAAAGUGAAGUGAGAGCAGUGAGUGUGAUCUCUUCCAGGUCAGCUAAGUCAGAUAUUUCUUCAAGAUCAAAUAGGUCAAAGCAAUCUGCUGAUGCUCCAGCUAGAGAAAAACCAGAGACCUCUGAUGAAGAAAAUGACAACGAGCAAACAAAACAAAGAACACAAAGAAGCUUAUCAGCCAAAUCAGUUCAGUCACAUGUUUCUAAGAGAUCUAAAAAGUCUGCAGAUAGAUCACCCAGCGCUUUGUCGGCCAAAUCAGCAAAGUCGCAUACUUCAAACAAAUCUGUCAAAUCAAAUAUUUCUGAAGUUAACUCCAGUAAUACUGAUGAAAUAGAUGGUGAAGAUAAAACUCAAGAGAGGCCACAGAGUGCUGUGUCAGACAAAACUGAAAAGCCAACAGUUUCUGCAAAAUCUAGUAGAUCAACAAGAUUGGAAGAAAAUACAGUUGAGGAACCCACAGAAAGAGUGCCAAGCAAUCUGUCAGUAAGAUCAGAAAAAUCAGCCAAGUCAAAUGUUUCUGCAACAUCUAAAAGAUCAAAUGUUUCUGAAGCUCUCUUGGAAGAGAAUGAUGACAAUUGUCAAGAAAGAAUUGUUGAAGGGGAGAGUGAAGAAGGGACAAUGAGAUCAGCAUCUGCCCAGUCAGUUAAGUCAGAUAUUUCUGCAAGAUCAAACAAGUCAAAACAAUCUGCUGAUCCUCCAUCUAAAGAACACUCAGAGUGCUCUGAUGAAGAAAAUGACAAUAAGCAAACUGAAGAAAGAGCACAAAGCAACUUAUCAGCCAAAUCAGUUCAGUCACAUGUUUCUGAGAGAUCUAAAAACGCUGUGGAUAGAUCACCUAGUGCUUUAUCAGCUAAAUCAGCAAAGUCCAGUGCGUCAAACAAAUCUGUCAAAUCAAAUGUCUCUGAAAUUAAGUGUGGCAACACUGAUGAAAUAGAUGGUGAAGAUGAAAUUCAAGAGAGGUCACAGAGUGCUGUGUCACUCAAAACUGAAAAGUCAUCAGUUUCUGCAAAAUCUAGUAGAUCAACAAGACUGGAAGAAAAUACAGUUGAUCAUGAGGAACCCACAGAGAGAGCUCCAAGCAAUUUGUCAAUUAGAUCAGAAAGAUCAGUGAAGUCAAACAUUUCUGAAUCUCUUUUAGGAGACUGCAUUGAUAAUACUGUGGAAAGACCUGUUAAUAGUGAGAUUGAAGAGAGGGCAAUUAGCUCACUGUCUACCCAGUCAACUAUUUCUGCAAAAUCAAAGAAAUCGAAGCGAUCUCCUGAUGCUCCAGUUAAAGAGAGUCCAAAGAGCUCUGAAGAAGAAAAUAACAGAGAGCAAAGUGAAGAAAGAGCACAGAGCAGCUUAUCAGCCAAAUCAGUUCAGUCACAUGUUUCUGAGAGAUCUAAAAGGUCUGCAAGAUCACCCAGUGCUUUGUCAGCUAAAUCAGCAAAGUCACAUGCUUCUACAAAAUCAGUCAAAUCAAAUGCAUCUAAAAGUCAGUCUGGCACAGCUGUUCACAUUCCUGAUGUAGGAGAUGUGAAAAAUGAAACUCAAGAAAGAGCACAGAGUGCACUGUCAGCAAAAACUGAGAAGUCAGCAAUUUCUGAAGAAUCUUCAAUGUCAAAAGUAUUGCAUUGUCCAGCUGAAAACCAUACUUGUGAUCAGGAGGACCACGAAGAUCGGUCUCCAAGUAACAUGUCUGUCAGCUCAGCAAAAUCAGCAAAGUCAAAUGCUUCAAAAGGUUCAAAGAAAUCAAAAUCUUCUGCCACUCCAUGUGAUCUCAUUGCCGAAAAGACAAAGGAAGAGGAGCACAAUGAAAGCAGAUCAGCAAGUUCAAUGUCAGUUCAUUCAGUCGAGUCAAAUAUUUCUGAAAGAUCAAGUAGAUCAAAAUGUUCAGCAGAGGUUCCAGCUGAAGAGAGGGUCACCACACCUAAAUCAAAGGCAUCUACAAUAUCUAUAAGAUCCAAUACUUCAAAAGCUCGUUCUGAGCAUAAAACACCAGAGGGAAGCAAUGAUACGGAUGAAACUCAAAACAGAGCAGACAGUGCAGUGUCAGCAAAGUCAAAUAUUUCUGCUAAAUCCAAUAACUCAAAAGUAUUGGCUGCCCCAGCAGAAGAAAGAGUUUAUGAUCCUGAGAACACAGAAAGACCUACAAGCACUACAUCAGUAAAAUCUACAAAAUCAGCCAAGUCAAAUGUUUCUGUGAAAUCUAAGAAAUCAAAAGCUACUGACAUCCCUUCUGAACACAGCACUGAAAUUGCUGAUGCUCAGACUGAAGGGAGAGCAAGCUCAUUAUCAACACACACAAUCAAGUCAAAUAUUUCUUCAAAAUCCAAAAAGUCAAAAUGUUCUGAUGUUUCAAAUGUACCGAAGUGUGAGAACUCCAAUGAAGAGAAUGACAAACAGCAAACUGAAGAAAGAACUUCAAGUGUUAUGUCAGUGAAAUCAAAUGUUUCUCAUAUUUCUGAAAGAUCUAAUAAGACACAUGCCUCUGAUAUUAAUGAAGAUGUUACUGAUCAUGAGAAAACAACAGAGCGAGCUAACAGUGCUUUGUCAGCUAAAUCAGUUCAAUCGAAGUCUUCUGAAGUUUGUUCUGCGAAAACUGCUGAUGAAAGGAACAAUGAAGAGGAAACUCAAGAUAGACCACAGAGUGUAAGGUCUGUCAAAUCAACACAGUCAGCCAAAUCAGUAAAAUCAACUAACUUAAAAGCCACAGAUGUGCCAGCUGAAGAAGAAACCGAGGAGAGGUCACCAAGCAGCAUGUCGGACAAAUUAAACAAAUCAAAUACUUCUGUUUCAUCAAGGAGCUCAGUAACUUGUGAAAUACCUUCAGAAGACAACAAUGCCAAUGAUGUGGACACUGUACAAAGAUCUCCAAGUUCCCUGUCAGCAAAAUCAGCCCGAUCUGCCAAAUCAACACAAUCAAACAUUUCUGCAAAAUCUGGCAGGUCAAGACCCUCUGCAGGUAAGGAAAAUCAGGAGGAAAACGUGGAGCAAGCAACAAUUGGUGUAUCCAUGAUAUCUACUGAAAAUAGUUCCAAUGUCACUGAUGAAAACCGAGAAGAAGACACUGAGAACAGAGCACUGAGCUCAGUGUCCGCCAAGUCAAAUGCAACAUCAGUAUCUACAAAAUCAAAAGCUUCUCAAAGAUCAGGGAAAUCCAAAGCAUUGGAGCAAAUAGUUGAUAAUGCAGAUCAAACACAGAGGAGUCCAAGUGUUUUAUCAGUGAAGUCAAACACUUCUGCAAGAACCAAAAAAUCAAACAUAUCUGUAACAACCCCCGCUGAAAGGCUUGGACUGGAUAAAGACGCUGAUGAAAGAGCACACAGUGCCAUGUCAACCAACUCAGCGAAAGCGGUUAGUUCAACAAAAUCAAAUAAAUUACAAGCUCCUGAAAUUCCUACUACAAACAGUUCUGACCAUCCUAAUGAAGAGGACACUGAAGAGAUAUCUGAGAGAGCACCAACUGCUGCAUCAGCAAGUUCAAAUAAGUCAGUAAAAUCAAAAAAAUCAGACACAUUAAGCAAAUCAGAUGUCCCUGUUGUGACCAUUGGGGAAAAUGAAAACAGAGCAUCUACAGCCAUAUCAUCAAAGUCCAAGGUUUCAGCUUCUUCAAAAAAGUCAAAAACAUCUGAGAUUAGUGGAAAGAAAAGUGCCACAGCUACUGAUUUUUCUUCUGAGAAGACCAGUGUUUUUUCACUAAAUCCAGAAGUUCUGAAUUUGAAAGAGAAGAGCCCAUCUACUUUGUGUGAGAGCAGUAGUCACUUGACAAAGAAGUCAAGCAAACAGGGCAAAGAAAAUCCAGCUGCAGAGGUUAUUGCCAAACCAAAGUCUGGUACCCAUUCAUCAGUGUCAGAAAGUCAGAGAGCAAAGCAGCCGAAAGGAAAUAAACACCAUGUCAUAUCUCAUACAAACUCAAAUGAAAGUGACUUGUCACAAACUCUGUCCAGUUCAGAUAUUAUCAAGGAGAUCUGUGAGUCUCCAGUACGCAGUGAAUCCAAAUGUAAUGUUCCUAAAAGGAUAAAUGGUGACACGGACACUAAAGAAAGCAGGGACACGGACAAGAAAACUGACAGAAGCAGCAAAUACCAACACAAGAGUACAGAAGCUGAUGACUUUGACCUUGUCCCAUCUAGCCUACCCAACACAUCCCCUACUGAGGUUGUAAAUGAAUGGUUAAAAACACUGCCAGCAGAGGGUGAAAUAGAUGACAUGGAGGAAUUUGAUGAAAACUGCGAUGGACAAAAACCUGUCCCCACAACAGAGGAAAUUAACAGAGUGGAUAAAAACAAUGCAGCUGAGAAUUCAAAAGGCUCAAAAGAAGGAGAGGUGAAGAAAAGUGUUCCUAAUGACAACUGCCAAACAAGUGAAGAGACACAACAGGAAGAUGAUAAUGACUGUACUGAGACAGACGAUGCCUCUAAAAUAUUUAACUCUUCCAUACAAGUCAUGAAAGUACUUUUAAAUCCAAAGCUAGACAGAUGCAACAGUUUACCAGAAAUUUCUCCAGUGUAUGGACGUAAGCUGAGCACUUCAGCUAGAGGUUUUUUGGACUGCCUUGUGAAGCUGCAGCUAAUAGACCAUGAUCCAAAAAAUGCCAGUGAAAAGGAUGAAAGGUAUCAAGAGCUAAUGGGUAUUCUUCAGUCUCUUUGGCUUUGUGAUCCUCCUGAAAAUGAAAAUGUGUUAAAGAAGGAUCUUCCCCAUUCUGCGGAUGAUGACUUCAAUCGUACGUCAUCCUCUGGUGUCGAUGUCAACAGUGGCUCCACAGGUUCUGGGAACAGCAGUGAUGGUGUAAAGAGUGGGAAUGAUGUGAAUCAUGUUGUGUUUCAACCUAACACCACUGUGGAUAUGUUUAUGAAGGUACAACAGGUCUAUGAAGUUGAAGCAGAGGGAGAUGUUCAGGCUCUACCAGUGAGAAAUGAAGAAGGAAUGUAUGAAGAUGAACAAAAGGAAGAUUAUCCAGCAAGUUAUCCAGCAAGCAAUGAUAUUCCAAGAGAACAAUCUGAAACACCACAUUCUUCAAACUCUUCCAAAAAGAGUUCAGGAGAUUUCAGCAAUGGCCAACAACUUCCAGAAGUUGAAACAGAUUCUUCAGAGAACAGCAAUUCUGACAGUCCUCUCCUCAUAGAAAGAGAACAGUUAGCCAAAAUGAUUUCACAAGAUGAUCCUGUUUGGGUCUUAACCUUAUUAAAUAAAAUUGAAAAACAGUUCAUGACACAUUAUAUCAAAGCAAUGAAUGAGUUCAAAGCUCGAUGGAACUUAGGAGAUAAUGAGCAGCUUGACAGUAUGAUAAAUGAACUUAAAGCUGAAGUCCACAAAAGAAUCCAAGCAAGUAUUGACAGAGAACUGUGGAAAAUUCAAGCACAAAAAGGCGAACCAAGACCUCCUAAAGAGGCAAAAUCCCAUGCUUCAACAACACAAGCAGAGGAGAGAAGGCGGAAACUGAAGGUCAAGCUCAAACAAUCAGCUGAUUCACAUGCAGAAAAAAGUGAUGAUUCAGCAACAGGGACAUCUUACAGUGACCAGCGCAGUGAAAACGAUGACGAAUGCUGUCAGUGUGAAACAUGCAUUAAGAAAAAAAUGACAUCUGGGUCACCUAUUCUGGCAGAUUUGAUAACAACUGUACCUGUUCUUACAGCAAUCAAGUGUACAUCUCACCCUGGAAAUGUUCAUGAAACAAAAGCAGCAGAAACCCUUGUAGAAAAAGUUAUAGUUAAAACUUUAAGACAAGUGGAAGGGGAUGAAGUACAUCAAGACACUGAAGAUGAUAUACGUCAAGAUGCAGUUCAGAAAGAUGUUUCUGAAGAGAGUGAAGCAGAAGAACACAGCAUCAAAGAACUGCCUGAAAAAAAUUCUGAUGAAAAUGAUGCCACAGCUGAAGAAUUGCUGAAUGAACCAAAUGAAUCAGGGAAAGUUGUACAAAUUGUAGCCACAAGUGAAGAAGACUUUGCUGAAGCUAUCAGGUCAAAUGAUGAACUUCCAAAACAAAUGGUAAAACAUAUUGUGGUUACAGGUGAAGAUAAUCCCAAAGAAGAAGCAGAAGUGACUUCAGCAGAAGAGACUAUUCUAGCAUCUGCUACUAAGCAUGGACCUGAAGAAAAAGCAGCAAAGAAGGAAUGGUUAACAGUAAAGAACACAUUGCUGCCAUCAAUGCAGAUGAUCAUGCAAAUAAAAAUUCAGAAAGAGCAACUGAUGAAUGAUGCCACAACUGAGGAAUUAUUAAACGGACCAAUAGAAGAAGGUGAAAGUGAAGACACUGAAGCGUCAAGUGAAGAUAAGCCUAAGGAAGAGUUUGCUGAAGGCUUUACAGUUCAAGAUGAAGACACGUGUGUUGUGGCAGCAACAGCUGAACAAAACACCACGUUAGAAGAAAGCAAAGCAGGGUUGUUGAAGGUCAACAAGAGCGUGCAUUUGAAAUUGCAGAGCAAAAUGCAGGAGACAGCAGAGAAUGAUGACAUAGCUAUAGUUGAUGAAUUUUUAAAAGAAGAAGCAGAAAGUGAAGGUAAAAUUCCUGCAGAGAAAGACAUUGCUGUUUUGAGUGAAGAUGAGUCAGAUGAAGAGUCUGCUGAAGCUACUACAGAAGAUGAAAAGGCAGCAGUUGAGACCACCACAGAAGCCACAAGUGAACACGAAUCAGAGAAAGAUGAGGUCCUGGAAGAAAGAAUAGUCCCUGAUGAAGAGAAGAUUUCUGCCAUCAGCGAAGAGGAGUCUGCAGAUGAAAGCGAUGACACAGCUACAGCUGAUGAAUCUGCAGAAGAACCAGGUGCUCUGGCAACAACUGAAGAUGAGACAGCUGUAGAAGAAGAGACUGCUCUCACAGGAAAAGGGGACUCAAAGGAUGAAAAUGCUGAAGAUGAAAUUGCAAACCAGGAGACUGUUAUGGUAGUCUCAACUGAUCAUGAAUCUGACAGUGAGGAAGCUGUAGAAGGACUGAAGACUGAUGAUGGAGAACAAAUUGGUGCUACCAGUGAAGAUGACUCUGCAGAAGAUUUAGAUGCCACUACAAAUGAAGAUGAAGAGGAGAAUGAUGCCACAAGUAAUGAUCUGUCAAAUGAACCAUCUGAAAUAAUAACCACUGAAGAUGAGCUGGUUGUAGAAAGAGAGAUUGCUGCUACUAGUGAACAUGAAGUUACGGAAGGCACUUUUGAAACAUCCACAGCUGAAGAUGAAAAUGUAGCUGUAGAGAGCAGCAUGGUGGCCACAAGUGAACAUGAAUCUGAGGCAGAUGAGGCUGUAGAUAAAGGAAUAGUCAAUGAUGAAGAGAAGAUUCCUGCCAUCAGUGCAGAGGAGUCUGCAGAUGAACACAAUGACACAGACAAAUCAUCAGAAGAACCAGACAAAGUAGCAUCAACUGAAGACGAGGCAGCUGCAGAUAAAGAGAUUUCUUCAGCAGGAAAAGGUGGAUCUAAGGAUGAAACUGCAGCAGAAGAGUCUGACAAUGAGGAAGCUUUGGAAGCAGAGAAGGCUGAUGAUGGAGAAGAGACUGGUGCUGUCACUGAGGAUGAUUCAGGAGAAGAUUUAGAUGCCACCAUGAAUGAAGAUGAGACAACAGAGGAGGAUGAUACCACAGAGCCAGCUGAAGAAACAACUGAAGAUGAGCGAGUGAUAAAAAAGGAGAUCGCUGUUACAAGUGAGAAUGAACUUAGUGGAGAUGCUGCUGAAGACGACAAUGUCGAAGAAACCACAACGGCUGUCACAAGUGAUAAUGAUGCUGAAGAUAACAGCGCAGCAGAAGAAGCUGAUAAUGCAGCUACAACUGAACAUGACUCUGACAUAGCUGCAGGUGUGGAAGCCACCAGUGCAAAUGACUCUGAAUCAGAAGAUGAGAUUGCUGAAGUGAAAGAGACUGCUGUCAAAAGUGAAGAUGAGCUGAAGAAAGAAGCUGUUGAUGAGGCCACUGGUGCUGAAGAGGAAGAUGAAGCAGAAGACAUGACAGACACAGCCAAGAAUGACACACCUGCAGAGGCCAGCAGUUCAGGUGAGUCUGAGUCAGAUGAGAAGGAAACUGAUGAAAAAACAAGUGAUGAUGGCAUUACUGAAAAAAAUGAGAUUGCUCUCACAAGUGAAGCUGAAAUUGAGGAUGAAGCUGAUGAAACCAAAAGUGAGUCAGAUGAGACCGAAUCCUCUGAAAAAAUUGGGGAAAGCAGUGGUGCCGAAGAGUACAAAGAAAAAGAAAGAAGUGAAGAAGAUAACAAAUCCAACAGUGAGAAACUAGUAGAAGGUGAAACAACUGGAGACGAAUCUGAAGAACUUGUAAAGGAAGAGGUGGAAUUGGGUGAAAAUGAAUGUAAAAGGGGGUCCACAGCAACUUGUGAAGAUUGUGCAGAGGCUGUAACUACAGAAGGCGAGACUGAAAAGCAUGAAACCGCAGAGGAAGAGUCAGGAGCACCUGAAGCAGGAGGGCAUGAGGUGAUUGAAAGUGAUAGCAGAGAAGAAUCUGGAGCAGAAGGUACAUCUGCAGGAGAGGAGGCUGGAGAAAGUCGAACAGGAAAGCUGGAAUCUACAGAUGACACAGAAGAUGAAUCUGAACAAGAUGAGGGACAGAAUGCUGUCAGUGAAUCGGAUACUAAUGCUGAUAGUGCAGAAUGUACAUGCCAAGAAGGUGACGUGACUGAUGAGCAUCAAGAAGAUACUUAUGAUGAAACAGAAAACACCGACGACGUGGUGGAACUGAAACCAGAAGAAGAUGGGGACGUGGAGGAAAAAUCAGAAACCAAAGAAGAAAACAGUGAAAACAAAGCAGAUGAUGAUGUAAGUGGACAGAGAGAAAAAAGUGUUACACAAUGUGAGUGCAUUAACAUCCCAGAUGGAAGGCACAAUAAUGACAAAGAGGAUUCUGAAGCUUCUGAAAAAGAGGAUGAGGAAACCGAGACACCCAAUGAAGACUGGAGUGAAAAGGAGGGAGAUUCAGCUGAUGGAGAAGAUGAAGCAGAUGAAGACUCAGAUGAACCAGAGGAAGAAACUGGUGACAUACAGCUUCCUUUGGUUACCAGAAAGGUAAACAAUAAAGAGGCAGCUAAAAGAGUAUCUAAAGAAGAGCUAAAGCCACUUGAUACUUUGAUCAAAGAGACCGCAGAAUCUGAGGAUGGCACUUACGGUGAUGUUGAAGAUUCGGAGCCUGAAAUAAACAGCCAAGAUGACGUUACAAGCCUUGAGACAAAGAGUUUGAAAGAGAGAUAAUUUGUCUGUGACUCUGCCAAAGCUAAAAGGGACUGACAGAAAGUGAGAUACAGGAGAAAAAAUGAGGGGUAUUCUUGAUAUUUUAAGUUGGGUCUUCUAGAGGAAAUAAAGCAAAAGGACUGAUGCAGAUUAUUUUAAAUCUAGUGCAGUAUUAUUACCUCCUAGCACAAGCACUAAAAACAGUAAGCACUUUGGUCCAGCAUGAGAUACACUGUAAACCCAGAUUUUGAUUCCACUUAAAAAUAUUGAGUUCAUAUUACUUAAAAUUGCCUAGAAUGUGAACAUUACUUGUUAAUGCUGAGUAGACUGUACUUGUUGAUGGUCUAUCUUAUUG